AUGGCUACCCCCAGCGGCGACGACCAGCUCGCCACGUCGCUCCUACGCGCCGACCUCGUCCCUGGCUGCGCCUCCGGCCUCAUCCCCUCCGACUUCAAGCCCAGCACCGCGCUGGCCGUCGCCUACGACGGGAAGCAGGUCGAGCUCGGGAACCUGUUUCGCGCGUACGAGUGCAAGCUCGCGCCGUUUAUCAGCUUCGAGCCUGAGGUGCGGAGCUAUAUUCCCUUCUCCUCUCCCCUCUUCCCCAUCCAUCAGCGGCGUAAGGAGGCCGAGAGAGCCAACGUCCCGUCGAGCGCGUCCUACACGCUCAUGCUCGUGGACCCCGACGCGCCGACGCCCGAGGACCCCAAGUUUGCGUUCUGGCGGCACUGGGUGCUCCCCGGCCUGCAGCCCCUCGCGGGCGUCGACGGCGUCGUCGCGCAGACCAAGCCCGCCGUGACCGACUAUCUCGGCCCGGGGCCCAAGGAUUCGUCCAACCCGCACCGCUACCUCUUCCUGCUCUUCCGCGAGCCCGACGGCCUCGACCUCACCGAGGCGGACGUCGGCGGACACGAGUUUCCGCAGCGGCGCUCCUUUGACGCGCCUGCCUUUGUAGAACAGCACAAGCUCACCCUCGUUGCCGUAAACUGGAUGCGAGGCGCGGGAGACGGAUGGGCCGAGUAG